CUGUCCACAAACACACAUGCAUACAAGGUGACGUUGAAUCUUCCCCUCGGCCAGCUGCAAGAUAGUGGAGCCGCCCCUCGCACUGCGUUUUCUAGCGUUCCCUCACAAGCUAGUUCCCGAGGUAUAGCUACCACGCGGAGAAGUUCGUCUCACCCCCAUGCGAACGAUGUAUUUGCGGAUCCUCUUUCCCGCUUUCUAUUUUCAUAUCCUAAGCCUCGGGAAUGCGUUCUGGACCGGGUUCCGAAAUCUGGCGAGAAAGAAGCGGGGGAAGUCGGGUGGCCAACGCGGCUUUUGUGAGAGCCUGGAUACUGUCGGCUAUACUCUAAAAUCGACACUCGACAGCUACUAAGCAGUUCCUGUUUAUGUAACUGUAUCUUUCCUCCAAUCUAAACUGGCGCAAUAGACUUGUUUUUUGUCCUACAAAGGUACAAUAUUGUUAUACAAAAUCCCACAAACUUGGAUACUACUCCCAAAUAUAGUCAUGUCUAGAG